AUGCAAGAAACCCUUCAAAAUUACGCCAAAAUCAGUGCAUUCUGUAACUACAAGAAAGUGAAAGUGGAAUCGCUGCCGAUAGAGCAGUAUGUAGGUUCCUCGUACCAUGUUGUCUCCCCUUUUGUGACCUCGCACACAUCCUCACGAAGCUCCAGCGUGUUCAAGCUCACUGACAGUUUGUGUAACCACAAUGCGAGCAGCAGUUUCAGCAUUGUACCCGAACAACACCCUGCGGACUACAGCGCUCUGCUCUCUCACUUAUCUUCCUGCUCCUCUUCCACAGUUGGUGACAAUCACCUUAGCGUGGCUACUGUCUUUAAUCGUGGAUCCGUAGCCUCUGCCUCUGCCCGGAAAGGGCAUCAGCAGCAACUGCAGCAUCUUCAGGGCCAGACCCAGCUGCAGUCUCAUCAACAGCAUUCAGUGACUUUAGUCCCUAAGGGUCUGAAACGCAAGGUUACAGAUUUUUGUGACGGUGACGGUACUAUUUUAAUUGGGGCUGCCAAACCUAUUGUAUCUGUGAGUAACUUGCACAAGGGGGGUAUUAUCAGUUCUGUCACAGCUGGCUCUCUCGCGGCUUCCAGCGGUAGUUCUCGCGUGCAGCACCACCAUCACAACAAUCCCAUGCAGCUGACAGACUUGCAUGCGAUAUCGAGCGAGGAUGAGAGCGGCACAGCCACGACCACCACCACAACCACCACCUCCAAGAAGGUGGCGGCCAACAAUGCCAGCUCGGCAAAUUCCGAAGGGGAUUACCAGCUGGUUCAGCAUGAGGUCCUCUACUCUCAGACUGCUGCCUACGAGGUGCUGGAGUUCCUUGGCCGUGGCACCUUUGGACAAGUAUGCAAGUGCUGGAAGCAUCAUUCGAAUGAAAUAUAUGCCAUCAAGAUUUUGAAGAAUCAUCCUUCUUAUGCCAGACAAGGACAAAUUGAGGUUGGUAUCUUGUCAAGACUGGCCCAAGAGAGUGCAGACGACUACAACUUUGUGAGGGCCUAUGAGUGCUUCCAACACAAGAACCACACCUGUCUUGUGUUUGAGAUGUUGGAGCAGAACUUGUACGACUUUCUGAAGCAGAACAAAUUCCAGCCUCUUCCUCUGAAGUACAUUCGACCAAUCACUUAUCAGGUGUUGCAUGCCCUGGGCAAACUCAAGGAGCUGGGAUUAAUACAUGCGGAUCUCAAGCCGGAGAACAUCAUGCUUGUGGAUCCCGUACGCUUCCCCUACAGGGUGAAGGUGAUUGAUUUUGGAUCCGCAAGUCAUGUGUCCAAGGCAGUGUGUUCAACCUACCUGCAGUCACGCUAUUACAG